GGGGCACAAUUCCUUGAAAUGCUGUGAAAUACCGGAGACGAGCGUGCGGCCUUUCUGUAAACGUUUGGGCGUUGGAUUUCCCUUCUGGCUUGGCAGAGGGCUGAACAGAAACCGAAACGUUCGGUUCGAAAUCCAGGCUGGCUUUUCAGUGAGAUCCACACAAAGCACACGAUUCCAAGUUUUUCUUCAGCAGUUCAGUGGCUUAGGAGUAGAGAUAUAAACAUAGCCUCCUAAAGUUUUUCUCUUUGAUUGCACCUCUUUGCAGGGUCCCAGCGUUGGUAAUCCAGUGGCUGGUAAGGAAUCACCUCACAAGUUGUCUCUAGAAUACAAGCAGCUAAAGAAAUUAACUUCUUCUGCUAUUGUUUUCCCCCCUGGGAUCUGGCAGGAGAGAGAGCUGAACAGUUGUGGUUUUAGCAAACAAAAGGUUAUAAAAUUAAUUUAGGUGUUUUCAGGAUGGAUUUUUUGGAAAGGGGAUGAUCCAUGUUAAAAUGAUGCUGCCUGUUUGAGGCAGGAGUAAGGACUGAGCUCCAGGUGCCUCAGUUCCUUUUGGUCCUUUUGUCUUUGGUUUCAAGACAGAAAAUGAGCAGCUUAGAAAUGAGGUGAGUUGGGGAAUUUUUUGCAGAGUAGUGUUGUUGGGGCUCUGAGCAGCCUGGUCUGUGGAAGGUGUCCCUGUGAGCUUUAAGGUCCCUUCCAACCCAAAGCAUUCCAUGGUUCCAUUAUCCUGGAACAGGGUCUGUCAGGUAUAAAAAAGCAGGGUUUCACUGCUUUCCAAAGCACUGUUUGAUCUCUCAGAGCCAAGUUAUUUUGAGGAAGAAGCUUUUGUCUUCUCAGACUAAUUUAUUAAUUUGAACCCUGGUGAGAACUUGUUUGUGCUGCAAGAUUUGCCGUUCACAUAAAGAAAUAAAUCCACCUGGAUUUUAUCUUAAUGCAAUGUGACUUUUGCAUGUCAAGUGCAUUAAUAUCCACCUGUGCUGGAACCUUGAGGCCUGGCUGGGCCUUUCUCUACUCACUUUAAACCAUUAAUUCAUUGAAAUCUUUCUUAGCAUUAUUUUUUUGUUGUGUACAACUUCUCAGAUUUGUUGUCAGUGUAUUUCUGCUCAGUAACCUCAGCGACUUUCUCACAGCAAAAAGGAUAUUCCUGCAGUCAAUUUCAUCAUCCAUGAAAUCCACUGCAGAAGAAAUAUUGAAAUAUGUCCCUACUGCAGUGACUCCAUCCCAAAGUCUGAGAUGAAGAACCACAUUGAGUCUGAACACGUGCAGGUCACCUGCAAGUGCAUGAUGAAGAUGGAAAACAGCCUCCUGAAGGAUCAUGAGGCAUCCUCGUGCCCCCUGCGCCCCGUGCUGUGCCAGUUCUGUGACAUCCAGCUGGCCUUCAACAAGCUGCAGGAGCACGAGCUCUACUGCGGGGCCAGGACCGAGCCCUGCGGGCGCUGCGGCCGCAACGUCCUGCUCAAGGAGCUCAAGGAGCACCCCCGGGUCUGUGGCAGAGAGGAGAAGGCAGCCAAGGGGAGCAGGACAGCACCAGGAUUUGGGAAUGAGGAUGGAGCCUUGAGGAGCCAGCAGGGAGAAGGAGAUGAGCUAGAGAGACCUGAAAUCCUUCAUUCCCAACUUUCUGAAGACUGGAAUGCUGACCUGGACUAUGUGUUGGCUCUCAGCCUGCAAAAUGAGAAUAAUCCUCACCAUAACACUGCAGCUGACAUUCCCGGGGAUUUCUGGGAAUACAACUACACCAAAGAGCCUGGACAAUCUGCCCAUCUUGGUGGAGCAGACCUGUCCAACAUCUUUUCCUGUGACUCUCCAGGGUCCUUUAGCACAUCAAACCACAGAAAAAUAGACAAGGACAUGAUCAUGUUGCCCUGCGAGUUCUGUGAGGAGCUUUGUCCUGCUGAAGAUCUGAUUCUUCACCAGACAGGGUGUAACCCAGCAAGUGCCUUUGCCUCGUUCAGUAAGAGAAGUUCUUCUCCAUGUCCAUGGGAGUACAGCGGUGUGCGAGCUGGGGGCUCCAGCAGCCACAGGACUGUCCCUUCAUCCCAGCCCCAAGCUGUCCAGGCAGAAGGGGACAUCAUGAUUCCAUGUGAAUUCUGUGGCAUCCAGCUGGAAGAGGAGAUUCUCUUUCAUCACCAGCACCACUGUGACCUGCGCCCUGCCAGCCCCACAGGUGACAUUCCAGCUCAGGAGCUGCCAGCUCAGCCCCACAGGGACAGACGGGAAUCGCCAGAGCCGGCUCGGCGACGGAUCCGGCACCAAGGUGAGAUGUUUCUCCUUGGCACGCAGAAGGCUUUGGGAAGGUGGGGCUGUGCCUUGCUGCAGGGACCAGGCUGGGGACGGAGGUGGCCAGGGCUGGGAAUGCGGCGUUGUCCCCUCCAGGGAGAGCCGGUGACGCUCCAGCUGCACGAGGCAAGCCCAGGAAGGGGAAUGGCAGUGAGGGGACACCGAAGGACAGAGGUGACUCUGCAGCUGGGACAGCACCCCGGGCACGACCUGCUCACUUCCAGGCAGGUUCCUUCACUUCCAGCUCCUCCAGAGCUUCUCCAGCCCAGCCAAGCUCCAGCGCCGCAGGAGGGAGGAGCCUGGGGCUGGCAGAUGGGAGCAUCGGCCUCCGGCGCCGCGGCUCCAAGGCAAAAGCCCAGAGCCCAGCAGCCAGACAUCCGGAGGAGUGAGCCAGUGCCUGUGGAAAACACGGAGCACCCGGCUUUGUUCCCAGGCUCUGCCGGACUCGUUGGGCCAAGCGUGAGCAAGUUCUGACACAGCUUCAGUUUGUAGGCAGUGACCAUUUUCUAAAUCUCUAUUUUUAAUCUGUGAGAGCAAACUUCAGGUUUUUAUGUCUCACCACCUUGAGCACUACCCACCCCAAGGCAUCCAAUCGAGUCUUAGCUUGGGCCCCACCUGAGUUCUGUGGCUGUGUGGGCUCCUUGUGCCACCCCAGGAUGGGACUUGUGCCACCCCAAGCUCUGGGUGUGUCCUGCCCUGGGAUGCUCGGGCACAGCUGGUGACACCAAGAGGGAGCAGUCAGUGCUCUGGACCUGUCCCACACCAAGCAGGGUUGAGGGUUGGGGCUGCAAGGCUUCUCAGUGCUGCAUUUCCAAGUUUAAAGCUUUUUAAAUUCCUUGGAAUAAAAUUUCACUGAUGCUGUCCCAAACUGUUGUGCAGUGCCAUCUGUCCCGAGGUGACAUGGGACCACAGCCUCUGGCUGAGGGCAUGUCCCAGCCCCACUGUCACUCCCUGCCCUGGGUUUAGUUCCUGUUGGAAUCCCUGGGACUUUGGGAAGUGGAGCAGAUCCUGGAUAACGCUGGUGAGCAUCAGCCUGAGUAGGGAGGUGCAGCAGAUGGCACUGGCUGGGCUAAUUAGCUACCCCUGGGGCAGGGUCAUGACUGAAGCCUUGUCUCAGGUGCCACCUCCUGGAACAGCCAGAGCCCAACGAGGGCUGGAGGAAACUUCCUCCUAAAAUAAAGACAAUUUACAGAUGCUCCCACCAAAUGUGUUUAUUUAGACAAGAAAACAAGGAUAAAGGUGUCUAAAA